AUAAUCAACAAUCAUUGAGAUUGUUUUUCCUAAUAAUGUUAAGGGGUGCUCGCUCUUCUUCAUGAGUAGGACCAUGGCCACCCUACACUCUUACUACUAUGGUUUCUUAUUCUUGUAUCUCACUCUCCUCUUAUCUUCUUCUCUCUUCUACGCAACCCAAGAAGAAGAAGAAGACAAUCCCAUCACUCGUUUCCAACGCUACCUCCGAAUCAACACCGCACACCCAAACCCAGACUAUUCCUCCGCCGUUGCCUACCUCAAAUCCCAAGCACACUCCAUCGGCCUCCGCCACCAAACCCUAGAAUUCUCCCCUGGAAAGCCCCUUCUCCUCCUCUCAUGGCCCGGCUCCAACCCUUCCCUUCCUUCCAUCCUCCUCAACUCCCACAUCGACUCCGUCCCCGCUGAGCCCCACAAGUGGCUCCACCCGCCCUUCUCCGCCGCCCGCACCGCCGACGGCAAAAUCUUCGCUCGCGGCUCCCAGGACGACAAGUGCAUCGCCAUGCAGUACCUCGAGGCAAUUCGUAACCUCAAAAACAAAAGCUUCACUCCCCUGCGCACCGUCCACGUGUCCCUCGUUCCCGACGAGGAGAUCGGCGGCUUCGACGGCGCCGCCAAGUUCGUUGAGUCGAAGGAGUUUGAGGGUUUGAACGUUGGGUUUGCGUUGGACGAAGGGCAGGCCUCGCCUGGGGAUGAAUUUAGGGUUUUCUACGCUGAUAGGUUUCCCUGGGGGUUGAAGAUCAAGGCGAAGGGGCAACCUGGACACGGUUCUAGGAUGUAUGAUAACAGUGCGAUGGAGAAUUUGAUGAAGAGCAUUGAUAUUCUGACUAGGUUUAGGGAGAGUCAGUUUGAUGUGGUUAAGGCUGGGAAAGCUUCUAAUUCCGAGGUUGUUUCGGUUAAUCCUGUUUAUGUGAAAGCUGGGGUUGCCUCUGAAGAUGGAUUUGUCAUGAAUGUGCAACCUUCGGAAGCAGAAGCUGGUUUUGAUCUUAGGUUAACCCCUAUGACGGAUCCUGAAGAAAUGAGAAGGAGAAUUGCUGCGGAAUGGGCACCGGCUGUUAGAAAUAUGUCAUAUGAGAUUAUACAGAAAGGACCCAUUAGAGACUACAUGGGGCGCCCGUUAAUGACUGCGACUAAUGAUUCCAAUCCAUGGUGGUCAGUUUUCAAGCAGGCUAUCACAUCAGCUGGAGGAAAACUGUCAAGGCCUGAAAUUCUUGCAUCCACAACUGAUGCUCGAUUCAUUAGACAAAAAGGAAUUCCUGUACUCGGUUUCUCCCCAAUGAUAAAUACUCCCAUCUUGCUUCAUGACCACAACGAGCACCUACAAGAUACUGUGUACAUGAAUGGAAUACAGGUAUACGAGUCUCUAAUAAGUUCCUUGAGUUCAUUAACAGAAGCAGCACAUUAAGUGUUAUGGAGGAGUGAGCCAGUGAUGUGUAUGACAAUCAUUCUGCUCUUUUGUUUUGUUUUAGGAGAGAUUAAUUUUUUUUUUUAGGGGGGCUUAGGAAGAGUUUUUAGGGGGGGAAAUGUGUUUGAUAAUACAAUUUAUUUAUAUUCCCACUAAAAGAGAAUAUGUAUUUAAUAAAUAAUAUGUAUUUAAUUGUGAUAACACAUUUUACAAUAUAUGCAUUUAAUAAAUAGUGUUAGGGUACAAAAAUGUAUAAAUAAUU